AUGAGGAACUUGAGAAGAUUCUGCCUCUGCUCAUCAGAGUUUCUCAGCUCAGUGUUGACAGGCUCAUGUUGGUAAGGCUGAUCCACUUCUGCAGGACAAAUGAGCUCCAGCAGGAGGCAGCAGCACUUCUUACUGCUCUGCAGAACAAGCUGGACUUUUCUUCCCACAUAGGUCUGGAUCUGACUGAAGCAGUACAAGAUAAACUUCUGUAUCUGACCACCAGCUACUGUGAAGACAUCAUCUCGGCCAUCCAGAACACUAACAAGCUCACAGAGCUCAUACUAGAGGAUUGUAGAAUUGAGGACACUGGAGUGAACGUGCUCUUCUCCAUCCUGCAUAAUGUGAGACUACGGUGCAGUAAAGCAGUUCUGCUCCAGUUCCUGUCUCUUGUAUCUAUAGAGAAUCAGUUGAAGUGUUGCAAACGUGCUCUUGAUCUUACCAGAGCAUUAGAUAGACAGGUGGACCUCAGUGAGACCCGGCUAGACCUUCAGGCUUGUAAAUCACUGGCACUCUUACUGGAAUUUUCUGAAGGGCUUUCAGAACUGGACCUCAGCCACUGCCAACUUACUGAUGACAGUCUGGAGCCACUGCUUACACACCUGCAUAAAACAGCCAUACUGGAUCUGAGCCAUAAUAAAAUAGAUGACCGCUUAGCAAAAAGAAUCUACAAAGAAGUUUCCACCAGCUGCAACAUACAGACAGUUCGACUCUUCAACAACAGAAUUACUGAUAAAAAGAUCUUCCAACAAGACAAGCGCUUUGAGAUCUGGUGAUGACUGUGGACCAUUCUCUCUUUUUAAUCAUCUGAAUAGAAGACAUGAAGAACUGUGUAUACAUGAGUAAAUAACAAGUGACAGUAAUAGCAUAUAUACUCUAAUAUUAGUAUACACGUUUGUGAGUAAAUGGAAUGACUGUUAUGUGGUAACUCUUAUCUGCUUGUUUAGUUCCACAUUUUCGAGAUAGUUGAUUUGUGUAUGUGCUUGGGUGGCUCAGCAGUAACUUGUUGUAACAGCUUGUAACAGUAACAGUGCUGUGAUGAUCAAAUAUGAAAAUGUAAUGCUUUUUUUUGUUUAUUUAUUUAAUUAUUAAGAUUUAAACAUCAUGUUUUACACUUUGGUUCCAUUCAUGACAUGACAAGU